AUGCAUGUUCUGUUCGCAGGAGGCGUAACUCUUGCUGUGAAACAGCAAGGCUUGGGCAUUUCUAUGAAAUCCCGUCUCACCGUAUACGCCGUAACUGCCUGGACAGCUAUGAAAUCUUCUGAUAUAAAGGGCACACCCUCAUCACCUCGAAUACAAGCUAUGAAUAUUCAACCCGGAAAUCAUAUCUUGCCUCCACAAUAUAUAUACACCACCUCCAGAACAGCAUCUCCCCGCAAGAUGCAAUUUUCAACCAUCCUACUCUUUCCGCUGCUGGCUCUCACUAGUCCUGCUCCUGUCAGCCCUGCUCCACAAGGUCCUCUGAUGGCUCUACAACCCAGGAGCGAGAACGCUUGCUGCAAACCCUUUGGUCAAGGCAGCAGAGUUUGCGUUCAGCGUACCAGUUUUAUAAGACUAACUGGCUCGCUUAAUCAUAGAGCUGGCGUCUUUGUGGCGAUAGGACGAUGGGCACACCCUGUUGCGGGUAUGGAAAGUGCAAUAUAUUUUGCUGUGCUUGCAAGGGUGGAUGCCGUGUGA